AUGGCGACGCCAACAGCAAGACUUCCCCGAAGGCUGCCUUUGCUUUUGAUCGACGGCGUUCUUUUCCCAGGAGCUUCGAUACGAAUACCAGUCUCAUCGCACAAGAACAUGAACAUGGUGAAGCACCAUCUUCUAGGACACAGCACUUUCAGCAGUGCCAUUAUAGGAGUGGUCCCCCGGGAAGAGAAUGAUUCACACGAGGAGGAGACAUGGUCUAUGCACAACUUGGGAACAGCAGGUAUUGUCGUCCAGGUGACAGGCACUAACUGGCCAAGGCCCUCAUACACGCUUCUAGUGACAGGCCUAUGCCGCUUUCGUAUUGAUGGCCUUGUCCAGGAGUCACCAUACCUCGUGGGAAUUGUGUCUCAACUUGAUAAGUUACCUGGGGAAGCUGGCUUGGACAUGGACGAUUACGACGCAGAAUUGACUGAGCUGAUGAACCAAUUUCGGGAGCAGGCCACAAAAUUAAUAGACAUGCUUGACCUGUCUGUUCCUUCCAUCAUUCGACUGAAGCGCCUGCUAGCCUCUGUUCCUAUUCAGAGCUUGCCAGAUUUAUGUGCUGCCAUUGUGAGGGCCACUCAUGCAGAGAGACUUCAAGUGUUGGAUGCAGUCGACUUGGCCGAGCGCUUCAAGAAAACCCUACCUUUACUGAUUCGACAAAUUGAAGUGAGCACAGUUCCACUUCAUCACUUCGCUUCUAGUCUUCAAUUCUUGCAUCAAGCAAAGAAGGAUGGGAGCACAUCACGUGCUUUUCAUAUUGAAAAGGUGGGAUCACCUCAUCGACCAAGACAACAGCUGGAUAUUGAUGAUGAUGAUUUUGAGGAAGGAGAUGAGGUUGGUUUGUUGGAGAAAAAAAUAAAGGCAGCUGAAAUGCCUGAUCAUGCUAGAAAAGUAGCAACAAAAGAAUUACAGAGGCUGAAGAAGAUGCCACCGCAUAUGCCCGAGCAUGCCAUGACAAGGAAUUACUUGGAACUGCUUAUUGACUUGCCUUGGGCACAAAGUUCUCCAGAAGUAGUGGACCUUGCAAAAUCCAGGUAUGACUUGGAUGCUGAUCAUUAUGGAAUGGAAAAACUUAAGAAGCGCGUUCUUGAAUACUUGGCUGUGAGGAAGCUGAAAAGCUCUCUGAAAGGUCCUAUCCUGUGCUUUGUGGGUCCUCCUGGUGUUGGAAAGACCAGUGUUGGACGUUCUAUAGCUCGCUCCUUGGGCCGCGAGUUCUACAGGAUAUCAUUGGGUGGAGUGAGUGAUCAAGCAGACAUUAGGGGUCAUCGCAGGACGUACAUUGGUUCUAUGCCAGGCAGAAUCAUCCAAGGACUGCGAACUGUUGGUGUCAAAAACCCUGUGUUUUUGCUGGAUGAAAUUGACAAAAUGACACCUGGAAUUCAUGGUGACCCUGCUGCAGCUUUACUUGAGGUCCUGGAUCCAGAGCAGAACUGUGCCUUCAUUGAUCACUACUUGAACAUUCCUUAUGAUCUUUCAAGUGUUCUGUUUAUUGCCACAGCCAAUACAGUUUCCACAAUUCCAGCAGCCUUAUUGGACCGGAUGGAGGUCAUUCCUGUACCUGGUUAUACUCACGAGGAGAAGGAACACAUUGCUCGAAACCAUCUCCUUCCUAAGCAACUGAAAGAGCAUGGAAUUACAACUGAUAUGAUGCAAGUGACCAAUGAAGCACUGAGAAAACUUGUGAUCAAGUACACAAGAGAAGCUGGAGUGCGGACGUUAGAGCGCAAAAUUGGUGCUCUCUGCCGGGCUGUUGCUGUGAAGCUUGUUGAAAAUGAGACCAUCUGUCCAGUGGCUCUUCAGCAGGAUCAGCUGUCCAACCAGAGUGCAGUAACAGUGGCUGUGGCACACCCUCCCUCUUUGCCCAUCGUCAUUGAUGAAAUGGCCAUUGAAGGCAUUCUAGGACCACCACAGUAUGACCAAGAGAUGGAUGCACGGCUUCUGCAGCCAGGUGUGGCAGUUGGCCUGGCCUGGACUGUAGCUGGGGGGGAGAUUAUGUUUGUGGAGGCAUCACGCAUGGAAGGUGAUGGGCAGCUAGUGCUUACUGGUCAACUAGGAGAUGUCAUGAAGGAAUCUGCAAAACUGGCCCUUAACUGGCUACGCAUUCAUGCUGACAAGUUCCACAUACCUGUGCAAAAGGGCACUGACCUGAUGGAGGGCACAGAUGUGCACAUACAUUUUCCAGCUGGAGCUGUUGGCAAAGAUGGACCUUCAGCUGGCAUCACUAUAGUCACUGUGCUGGUGUCACUCUUCACUGGCCGCACAGUCCUUCCUGACGUAGCCAUGACAGGUGAAAUCACUCUGCAAGGCUUGGUGCUGCCGGUUGGAGGCAUUAAAGACAAGGUGCUGGCAGCCCAUCGUGCUGGCAUGCGCAAAGUUAUAUUGCCUAAGAGAAACAAGAAAGACUUGCAAGAGGUUCCAGCAUCUAUUAAAGAUGACCUGUCUUUCUGCUUUGUGACUCACAUUGAAGAGGUCCUCCAGGAGGCAUUUGAAGGUGGCUUUCCUGACCUACCUAGCUCUGUUGAAUAUGUGUUGAGCAAACUGUAGCACUCUGCAGUAAACUGUUGGGAGUGUACUCAGUGGUGGACAUUUCUGCACAACUUUUAUGCCGCCAUAUCUUUUCCAUCUUAAAAUGUCGGCACAUAACUGGCCGUUAGCUCAUUGUAUAUUCUUGGUGCAAGUUUUUUUUAUAUAUAUAUGUUAUGUGUAGGUUGGUCACUGACUAUGCAGUUGCUCUGUUUUCUGUGCCUCUACAACUUGUUCACUCCAAGAGCUUAUUCCCAGCUAAGGUAUGCUGAUUUUAUUUGUUGUUUUUAACUUUGAUGGAGAGUCCACAUUAUAUGUUGGAUUUAAGUGUGUGGGAUUUGCAUUGCUGCAUGCAAGUUUGGCCUUAUGUGCCCUGACAUGUGCAGCUUCUCUGCAGGACUUGUGGCUGUUAAGCUCAUAGCAUUGUUCUUUGAUAAAUGUAUUACAGUAACUUUCUUGUUUGCUUCAUGCUGCACUGUCAAACCUCAUUGUAACAAAGUGAAAUCUAACACAUAAACACCUUCAGUAUUUGAGAUGAUUGUAAAAGCAGGCGUUCAUUACAUCCUGAUAUUAACAAAAAACAUUUUAGCUUUGCUUCAUUACAUUCAGUAUUUUGUUACAUUAGUGUUUGUUAUAUUGAAAUAAGUCUGUAUACUUUUUAAACUCAGAUGCUAAAAUGCUUAUUAUUAAAUCAUAGAUAUUGUAGCUACAUCUGCAUCGUGAAACUUGUAGCUGCUGGUGCACAAGACUCGUGCGCGAAACUGUAAUUUUGUGCUUUCAGUUUUUCUUUCAGAAGGGCCCCGUAAUACUUUCCGUAAAUAUUGUAAAUAAGCAAUACCAAACACAAAACAAUCCUGUAUCAGACACCUGUGAAAAAUGUGAUUAGCCCCUGUUUGACAGGGAACAUACUAGUAUAUCACUCUGUAAAUUGCCCCUGCUCUGCUGCAGCUUCUUCACACCCUUGCCAAAAUCGAGUCGUCCCAACAGUGCAAUACCGUACACCAAGUGACAGUGUAUUUCCGAAUACAUCAUAAGAAAUCAUUAUUUUGGCAAAUGGAAUGACAUCUUCAACAUCCUCAGUACCACUAUCAUUCUUUCGGCUUGUUCUUUUCAUGAAUGAAAGACCAUCAUCAUCAUCAAGAAAGUGCAACUCAGUGUUGCACUUCUGGUCACCAUUUAGAGUUGCCUCAGUUAUGUCCCUUUCUCCAUGGUGCAAGUUGCAGCCUCAGUGACUGCCUUGCAUAAAAUAGGCUUGCUUUGGUUCAUCUUUGGGCUACAAACUUAUGAUUGUAUGCAAAACAGUGGCUACUCGGGCUGAUUGGUAAUCCAUUUUUGAAAGAAAUAUACUUUUUUAGUGUGCAGGGAACGUUUCAGAAAGAAGACAGACAGGACAGAGCACACUCUUACAACCAUUUUUUUUGUACAGAUGGCGGGAAUAUAUAUAUACAGUCAAGAGGGCAAGGAGAUGAUACACAGAAAAAAGAAACAAAUGAAAAUGGUGCAUGCACCAGGCCAUCUUAUACGAAUCUUGAAAUUAAAAUUUAACUUGAAAGAUACUUGUAUUCAUUUUCCAAGAGAUUGAUGAAUGGGGCACUUACACACUCAGUUCCUGCUUUGCGAAUCAAAAAUGCUUCAUAUAUUUCACGUGCCCUUCUGUCCUUAUACCUUGCCAUUACUUGGCAUUCAUCAAACUUCGGGGUGCACCCGAAAUUCGCACAGUGGCUUGCGCUCUGUCCUAUCUGUCUUCUUUCUGAAAUGUUCCCUGCGCACUAAGAAAGUAUAUGUCUUUCAAAAAUGAUUGUGUGAACACAGGCCAAGGUAUUAUUGAUCGUCUUGGGGGGGGGAUUGUUGUCCUAAAACUGCACUGUCAUCUCUGCUUUGCCAUUCAUCAUAAAAGAAAGUAAGGCAGGCAGACAUGGACACAGGAAGAGAAGGGUUUCUUUUUUCUUGUGUCCAUGGCUGCACACAUUAUUUUUACCGUGAACCCCUACCAACAAGCUGAACUUUGUGUGAUUUGGUGCUCUUAUUCUACCUUGCUCAUGCUAAGCAUGCAAGUUUAUUCAAACAUAACAUUGGAACUAUUGUGCAUGUAGCAGUGUCACAUGCAUUAUAGUGCCAACGAAUAACAAUGUUUGAAAUUUUGGAUGCAGAAGCUUUUCACCAUUCGAACUUAUGGACUUUUCAAAACGGCAAUAACUGAAACUGCCACCGCUGCUAUUUUUCUGUAUUUGGCAGUCUCGAACCACUGCUCUUGUGCGUUGAUCUGCUUGCUGCUUCAGUGAUUGCCUAAUUAGCUUCACCGAAAUGCAAAGUUUUCAGUGCGGUUUAGUAGCAACAUAUUAUGGGUUAGCAUACCAAGAAUAGGAAGGGGCCACUGUUAUCGAGCAUUUGUGUUCUUUACGUGUACCCCCCUCUUUCCUGUUCUUUAAUGUCCAAUGAAUUUCACAGCUCUGUUAUGAAGUGCUGCAAGGCCCCUUCUAAGAUUUUAUUUUACUUAGUGUCUUUUUUCACUACCAUGCAUUUUAUGCAGCCAACGAUGGGGCUAGCGAUGUUUGUGUAUUACGUUACUUAAGCUCUAGCCUGUAAAAAAAUGAUGUUUUAGUGGGGAAAUAACAGUUGUGGCUCUGUUGAAUUGCAUGCUGACCUGCAAUAUUUAUUGAGUUUUGGUUGUUGGGCCUAGUCCUUAAUGUUCACCCUGUAGAAUCUAUUUAAGCAUGGGUAUAUGCAAAGCCUCCACUUAGCAGUGAUGAAUAGAAGUGACUGUUGAACUUGUCACUACAGCUUUUUAUUUUUAAUAUAUUUUCAAAUAAUUGUGUAUGCCUACAGAUUCGAAGAUACACAGAAGUGCUAUGUGCCACAGUAAUUCAGUGGCUAUGACAUUGUGUUGUGCUAAGCAUGAGAAUGCAAGUUUGGUUCCUUCCCAGAUUGUGAUGGAAGUGUGAUGUAAAAAAAAAGAUGCUUUUGUACUACUCAUUUCAUACAUGUUCAAGAACCCCCGGUGAUAAAAGUUAAUUCCCUCGUCAA